ACCUGUAGGCGCGUCUCUUUGUACUACCUGAGCGGUCGCGCGCUCAGUGUGUUGUUUGCGUUCAUCACUGCGGAUCCUCUGUCUCAUUUUGUCCGGAUAACACUGUUCAUCAUACGAGAUAAAGUUCCAGUUUCAUGUCAUCAUGCCUAGAAACUCCCAACCCUACAGGUCGAGUGGCGGCAAACAUCACAGCAGCAGACACCGACACAGCGAGUUCAUGUCUAACCCCGCCUUCUCCUACUACCCUGGAGAGAAUCUUUUGCACUACUACCGCUGGACGUCUCCCCCUGGCGUGAUGAAGAUACUGUGCAUUAUCAUCAUCAUCAUGUGUGUGGCUGUGUUUGCGUGUGUGGCCUCCACGCUUGCCUGGGAUUAUGACAUGGGCCUGAUGGGUCUUGGUGGCGGAGGCAGUCUGCUUCCUGGUUACGGCGGCAGCGGCUCGUAUGGCAGCGGCUCUUACAGCGGCACUUAUGGCGGUUCGUACGGCAGUUCGUACGGCGGGUCUGGAGGUGGUUCUGGUUAUGGUUACGGAGGAUCACAGGUCGAUCCAAAGACUGGAAAAGGUUUCAUUAUCGCCAUCACCGGCAUCAUCUUCAUUGCCGUGCUCAUCAUCUUCGUCUUGGUCGUUUCCAAGCAAAAUUCUGCCCAGUCACCAAAGUUCUACCUAGCCGCCAUUGUGAUCUGUGCCAUCCUGGCGUUUCUCAUGCUCAUUGCCACCAUCGUGUACCUGGUGGCCGUGAACCCGACCGCUCAGUCCACAGGCACCAACUACUACAACCCGAUGAUCCAGAUGUGUGCCCAGUUCCAGAGCCAGACCCAGGCCCAGGCCCAGGCCCAGGCCCAGGGCAACUUCUUCAACAAGUACCUGUACCACUACUGCGUGGUCGAGCCACAGGAGGCCGUAGCCAUCGUCCUGGGCUUCCUGGUGUUUGUGGCUCUCAUCAUCUUGCUGGUGUUCGCAGUGAAAACUCGCAACCAAAUCAGGCGCUACGGCCGGGAACGCGUCCUGUGGGAGGAGGUGAAGGUCAUCAGUUCAGUUCCACACAACAGCAUCGGAGAGUGGGUGAGUAAAGUGUCUGGUGACCCCGAGGUGCCUUUGAACGCCCCUAAUCCUCAUGUCGGGGGGUCCAGAGACUUUCUGAACGAGCUGGACAACAACAAACCUCUCUACCUGCCUGGAGACUCCGAUAUCAGCAGCUCUGUUGGCUUCCUGAAGCCCACACUGAGGGACUAUGACCCCGGCAUGGAGUCUGGAGACGACCUGGAGGAGGAGGACUUCAGUGUUUUGUAUCCUUCCAUUGUGGAUGAACAAGAGCGUCUGAACUACAAACGCGAGUUUGAUCAGGACCAUCAGGAGUACAAGAGUCUGCAGGCCGAGCUGGACGGCAUAAACCAGGACCUGGCAGUGCUGGACCGAGAGCUGGACCGACACACUGAGGGGAGUCCUCAGUUUCUGGAUGCCAUGGAUGAAUACACCAAACUGAAGAAUCUCAAGAAGUCCCCACAUUACGAGAUUAAGAAGAAGAGGUGUAAAUAUCUCCGUUCCAAACUGUCGCACAUCAAGAGGAAGAUCAGCGAGUUCGACCGCCGACGUUGAACCCUCACCUCACACAAACCUUCAGCUUCUCUCCCCGCUGUCUGAGAAACUGUUGUUUGUUUUCUGAAUCAAGCCCAUCAGAUGAACUGUUUUCCCUAAGAGAGGGCGUGAAGGAAGUGUGGAUUCUUGUCUCUGAUUAAUUCUUCAGCCUCUGUGAGUUAUGUGCAGAAACAUGUGGGUGUAAAAAUGUAUUUUAUUUGUUUCUCUCAUGAAGUGAAGUGAGAGGUGAUGUGUGAUGCUUUAUUUUAGUACUUUGAUGAAGCGCUUUUUGUGCUUCUUUUAUAGCUUUUUAUAAAAAAACAUGUGUGGCAGUUUCAUGUUUAUGAAGGCACAGCUAAGAGGAGACAUGAAUCUGCAUUGGAAGGAAACCGACCAGCUUGUAAAUAAUGUUUAUUUUAAGCCUUUGAAAACUGUUUCAGAACUGUUUUCUGUAAAUGUGAAACCUCUCUGUCCUUUAAUUGUUUCUCACUGUAUAUUCUUCUCAUGAUGGAUAUUGAAUUCUCAUCUCUCUUUUCUACAUCUCUCAAAAGCAAAUGAACAUUUGUGUGUUAACAUAUUUUAUUGUAAAGUUUUUCUACAUAUUGAGAUCAUACCUGUUUUUUUUUUUUGAGGAUGUAUAUUUUGGUUUAACUGUUUUAAUAUGAUUUGUUUUGGAGAAAGUAGGUAUAAGAUUUAAAU